AUUCAACGUAUGCAUUCGAUCACUUCCAUAACAAUCUAAACAAGACCUCGAACAAAACGGACGUGGACAAUGACGUUCGCAGCACCGAUGAAUACGAUCGCAGCACCAAUAUAUACGAUCGCAACACCGAUAUACACAAGUGCAGCACCGAUAUAUACAAGUUCAACACAGACACGAACUAUCGCAGCACGAGUACAUCCUCAGGAUGCAAUAGAGAAUAAGUAGCAAUAAAUAGGUAGCGAGCGAGUGGCGAAUCUGCUGACAGAGUCGUUACUGGGCUUCUCUU